UGGCAGCCCCACCCCUCUCUGUGACUCUACCUUUAGGCUUUGCGCGUUUUAAUGCGAUGGUGUCCCCACGGGAUCAAAUUUCAGCGUCACAGCUGGGGACUGGCUUCGCGGUCCUUGAGGGGAGAGCAUGAGCAGGUGGAUCCUGACUACUCUGUGCCCUGCUACUGCUCAUCUCCCUUGCCCUCCAACGGGUGUUUGCCUGCUAACGGGAAGUGUGACAAGUACUGGGGUUCUUCCUCAGACAAGACCUUGGAUUAUACGAUUCACUGGUCCAGGGCCCCAGAGCCAGAGAUCGUGGGGCCAGCUGCUUCUGAGAACACAGUGCCGAGUAUAGACUGGAGGCUAGAGAGGGACUUGGAGCCUCAGUCAUAUGGGUCUUCCGUCUUCCCGAACCCAGACUCAGAGGAGCAGUGUAAUGACCAGGACCUUCUGAAGAGGCAUCAUAACACUGCUAAGAAGCCCUUGGAGACCAACUCUUCCAAAGUCAAAGUUAAGUCCACCAUGAUGAUUCCUGACUCCCAGAAGCUCCUGCGCUGCGAACUGGAGUCACUCAAGAGCCAGCUACAGGCCCAGACCAAGGCUUUCGAGUUCCUAAACCACUCAGUGACCAUGUUGGAGAAGGAGAGCUGCCUGCAGCAAAUCAAGAUCCAACAGCUUGAAGAGGUUCUGAGUCCUAUGAGCCGCCAGACAGAGAAGGAGGGACACAAGUGGGGCAUGGAGCAGGGACGGCAGGAGCUGUAUGGGGCCCUAGCUCAAGGCCUGCAGGGACUACAGAAGACCCUGCGUGACAGCGAGGAGGUGCAGAGGGCCCGCACCACUCGCUGCCUGCAGCUGCUGGCCCAGGAGAUCCGGGACAGGCUGCACUGUCCCCUCAGCAAGAAGUUCCUGUGGGAGGAGCUGGAGCUGGUGCGGGAGGAGGUGACCUUCAUCUAUCAGAAGCUCCAGGCUCAGGAGGACGAGAUCACAGAGAACCUGGUGAACAUCCAGAAGAUGCAGAAGACACAGGUGAAGUGCCGCAAGGUCCUGACCAAGAUGAAGCAGCAGGGGUAUGAGACAUCCAACUGGCCGGACACUGAGGAGAUGCCACCAGGAGGCAGAGGCUCCUGGAGGGAUGACCUCCAAAAGGAGCUGAGUGACAUAUGGUCUGCUGUGCACUUGCUGCAGAACUCCUUUGAUGGCUUCACCAUGUCCUCAGGCCUCCCCAGGGCCUUGAACCUCAGGGGCUACAAAGGGCACCGAGGCCUGAGCCCUCUGUUCCUCUCCUGGGACUCAGACUCAGACCAGGAUCCUUCCCAGCCACCAUUCAGCAAGAGCCGCUCCUUCCCAUCUGGUACGGAAGCUCCCCUGCUCUACCCGACCCUUCCUCUCCUGGCCUGCCCUCCAGUGCCACAGUAUGGACCCUCGCAGCUCACAACCUGGGCAUCUGCUCCCUGAUUUCCAGCCCUGAGGUCCUCUGGACUAAGCUGGGCCCUGACCGCCCUGACCCACU